AUAAUUUUCUCGCAAACAAUAACAACAAAAAUGCAGUACACCUUCAGUCAGAAUUAGCCAGUAAUCGCGAAAGAAACCAUCAAUGAGAAAGUUAAGUGGAUGUUCUAGAAAAUGAUUAAAUUAGUAUAAUUAUAGAUAAAAUAAACGUACCAAUCAAAAUAAUAAUCAAACACGAGUGCUGUGCCAUACAACCUAUAUCAAUCCUACUCUAGCAAUGGAUAUACAAAGAGAUGAUCAAAAUCUAAAUCAAAUACUUCUAGAAGAAACCUUUUAUGUAUUAACUAAGAAAAACUGCGUAUUCAAAGUGCGUUUGACCAGACAGGGCUUGCAUUUGAUCAAAGAAAGCGAGUUAAAUUUCAAAGAGCAAGUGAUACCCAUUAGGGAUAUAGUAGGCUGUAGAUGUCUGAGAAGCAAGAAACAAUCAAAGAGAUGUGUGUGUCAGUCAAUCACUAGAUCAACCAGCCUGGAGGUCGUCGAAGAGACGUCAGGGGAUCUUGACGUGAAUGACACCAGUGCCUACUUAUAUAUCUAUGCCUAUUUGUUUCAAGAUACAAAGGCUGCCAGUAAGAAAAGAGAACGUACUAUAAUUACUCUAAGGUUUAGGUCUUUUGAUAAGUUUGAGGACAACAAUAGGGAGGCCCAAAGAUGGCGCACGAUAAUAAAAAAACUAAUCAAAGGGGACAUCGUCACGAAUUCCACUAUUUUGGAAUUUUCAUCUAGUCAAAAACACAGGGAAAGCCGAAAAUUGCUGGUGUUGUGCAACCCCAAAAGUGGAUCUGGUAGAGCGAAGGAACUGUUCCAAGACAAAGUGGCUCCAGUUCUGGAAGAAGCAGAAAUUCCUUUUGAUAUGUACUUAACCAAGCAUUCAAAUUACGCUAGGGAGUUUGUCAGAUCUAAUAAUUUGUUCCAGUGGACGGGAAUCAUCACGGUUGGUGGCGACGGGAUAUUCUAUGAAGUCCUGAAUGGACUGUUCGAGCGCAGCGAUUGGUCGGAAGUGAUAAAAUCUAUCCCGGUUGGCGUUAUACCAGGCGGUUCGGGAAACGGUUUGGCCCGAAGCAUAGCCCACUAUUAUGGAGAGCCGUAUCUUCCUUCCCCAACGUUGCCUGCCGCUCUGGCUAUAGUCAGAAAUCACUACGCUCCAAUGGAUUUGGUGCGAAUCGAAACCACCACGCAAAUUAUAUUUUCGUUUUUGUCCGUUGGAUGGGGUUUGCUAUCCGAUAUCGAUAUCGAAAGCGAGAAGUUGAGGAUAUUGGGUGGUCAAAGGUUUACGAUAUGGUCCUUAGCACGAUUGAUCGGGUUACGUAGCUAUGGUGGAAAACUGUGGUACUUACCGGCAGAGGUUCCAUUAGUCGAUCCUAAAGAAAAUCUCAUCUUUUCCAACAACAUCGGCAGCAACACCGACCUGCCAACUGAAGUUAAUUUGGAAACUAAAGGCAGAGCGAGAGUGGACUCAUGGUACAGCGCAAACUCGAGAAGAAGCGCUUACUUUUCUGCGACCGGCAGCUCGUAUCAAUCUACUGCGGAAGAAGCGGUAGCUGAUGGAGGCGUGAAUUCUAGCCCUCAAGAAAAACCCCGCAUGUACGGACCAGCUUCUCAAAUACCGGGGCUGAUGGCUCCUGUCCCGUCUGAUUGGAAGUGCAUAUCGGGUAGAUUCGUUUUGGUGCACGCCUGUUAUCAGAGCCAUCUGGGCGGUGAUUUGUUGUUCGCUCCCGAUGCAACACUGAAUGACGGCAGAAUUUGGCUACUAAUCGUCCAAGCAGGUGCCAGCAGAUCCCAGCUGCUCCACUUCCUAUUAGGUCUAAGCACCGGGGCUCACGCCACCUCCAAAUCCUUCGAAGGUCUAGUCCAACUCAUCCCGGUGAACGCAUUUAGAAUAGAACCCGAUAUGUCUGAAGAGGGCUACAUGACAGUCGACGGGGAGCUGGUGGACUACGGACCGAUCCAAGCCGAGGUAUUCCCGUCGCUGUGUCGCGUGAUGGUUCCCUGAUCCGAGUAUUCCGUUACUAAUUUUAAUAGUAAAAUUAAGAGAAAAUCCAAGGUUGUGAUCUUAUCGUCGUUUGAACCGUUGUUGAUCAGACUCGACAG